AUGACGGCGGGCACGGAACACUUGGCGGAUGCCCCGCCCACGCAGCCCAGCGGGCAAGCGGACCAACAAGUGCGUGCGCAGCCUGCGAUUGUCGUCAUGAACCAGGAGUUGUUUGAGGUGAGUGGGUCGCGUGCCGCGUCUCCCGCGUAUCCUGCAAGAAGCAACACAUCGGAUGGCGAUGAGACGUUUUCUUCGAGAACCAGUGACUGGAGUGCAGGCAUCUCGCCGUUGCCCUCGCCUUCGCCGCAAUGGACGCCUGUAAAUGCAAAUCCGUCUUAUUCUGGCGUAGGAAAUAGCUCCGAGGUAUCGCCAACCAACUCGGUCGGUGCAGAGCUCGCUGUUCCUGCGCCUGUUUUGCGCAAAACGAUGCGGCAGGCACGCAACUUGUACUCUACGUUCAAACGCAAUACAAUUGAAAUGCAUGAUACCAAGCCCGGCACUAGUGAGGAAGGAGCUGGCGCGCCGCGCACGAAAAGAUCAGGCGCAAACUUUUGGCGGUCCAAAGGACCCCCCGAAGCGCCUGAGCAAGAAGAGGAGCUUGUGCAGCCUCCCUGGGGUGCCCGGCAUCCGACCACGCAAGAAUGGCAGGCGCAACGCGCAUUCUCGGCGCCGAUAGCACCAGUCCCCCCUGACGAAAGCGUAAGUUUGCCGUGCGCCGAGAGCGAUGCAUCGUAUCCAUCGCAGUCGUCGAGCAGCGCAUCGGGAACAGCGUCGCGCUCCGCGUCGCAGCGCACGUCCAAUUUGCAUACGUUAGACCUAGCGCCGCCGCUGGAGACGGAUGAGGACGCGGAGGCGGCGCGUACCAUGUUUCACCGUGCACGCAACAAGAGUGUGGACCAUCUCUACCGCUUUUUGCAGUUUGCACGCUCCACGACCAAAGACGGCAAGAAGAAGAAGCAAACCGAGCGAAGUACGUCGCGUGUGCUCGGCAUGACGCCUACAGAGCCGCAAAGCGGCGAGCCAUCGAGAGAAGCCGUGGCAGCUCUGCACAGCGCCCUGCAAGAGUCGGAGCCAGCGCUACUCGGGAGCCAAGACUCGCCCGAAAAGCCCGAGUCGACGCGCUCGAUGACCUCUGCCGAUACGUUUGCCUCGCUCAGCUCUAUGCACACGACCACGUCGCAAAGCGCGUCGCCCACCGGCGCCGGCCCAUUUUUUGCUACGGAUUACGCAGCACGCGCAUUUGCAGCGCCCAUGGAGGAUAGCAGUACGGGUACGGCCCAUGAAAUGCACUACAAGCUCCUUUCGCGGCGCCCCAGCGUCCAGGCAUCGACGGAAAAGGGCCAUGUACAGGGUGCGGAGGCCAUGACCAGCCAGGAACGCUCGCCGCGCCACGGGCCCUUACUCUCUGCCGAUGUCGUUACUGCCGAGAUCGAGGAGAUGCUUAUGUCGACACUUGCGCCGUCGUCGCAAGGCUCCGCACCGCCGCUGGCCUCCUCGCUCCGCGACGCAUUUCAGCACUUUGGCUGGGACGGAAUUCCCACCACACCGGUACGGUCGCACAUACCCGAGCUUCAGCGAUCCAGCGGUAUGUGCGAGGGUUUGGCGAUUGGAUCCCGUACGGACGAGGAAGGGAGUCCCACCUCGCAGUACUCGCAAAUUUCCAGCGAAGCACACGAGCGCCCAAGCACGUCCAUCGAGGAGCGCGACGAGGGAUGGAGCGAGGCUGAAUUUGACAUGCUCAGCAUUACACCGUCGGCAAGUGCUGCUGCAGUGCAAAGCGCGCCGCGAAUCCAACGCCGUAGGUCCAUUGGCCGCAUCCUCGAGCCGCUGAAUGUCAAGGCGCUUUCAGACACGACCAAAGCGCGCAGCGAUGAGCGCGCCGACACCGUGCCGCUCAUUGACACCUCGUCCGGCCCCUUGGGCCUGAGCGGUGCAUGGGCCCUCGGCAAGCAGCGCCUCAAGAGCCGCGUCACGGACAAGGGCGAAGCUGACGCACCCGCCGCGCGGCGCAAAAAGAAGAAGGACACCGAGACCGACGAGCUCGACGCCUUCCCUCCCAUUGUACCGCACAAAUCAGUCUCGCCAAUGCGUGCCGAGGAGGGCGACGAGCCAAAGCAAGUGCUGCGCACGUCGAAAUCCGCGAGCCUGCUCAAUGUCAUGCAUAACCAGCGUAAAGCACGCAAGGCAAGUCCCAAACUCGAAUCGGGCGCGGACGAAGAGCCCGUGCGCAGUGCCUCGGUGCCGCCGGGCAAAGGGCGCGCUGGGCAGAGCAAACGCGCCGACCCCGAAGCCCAAGACCUCGUCACGCAAAAGAGUGCUUUAGACUUGCACGCCAUGACGCAGCCCACAGACGCUGCGUCGCACACCACAAAACCAGCGCCCGAUCGCCGCAUGUACCGCCCGCGGCGUGACAAGCGCCAGCCUACGCUGCGGAUUGCCGACGACCACGAGUUCUUGCAGGCGCUCGAGCAUGUGCGUAUCCAGCACCGCGAACGCAUGGCCGUGCGUGCGCAGGCGCGCACUGCGCGCAAAGCAAGCAUGCCGAACUUGCGGAGCUUGUCUGCGGUGCGUCGCCCGCCGCUGCCCAUCCACCGCAAAGUAAGCGAUCCACAAGGCGCAGUGCGCUCGCACUCGCGCACUUCGCUGCUUGCGAGCCGCGCGGCGGACGACGAAGAGACCGUGCCCGACUUGUUGAUCGACUCUGUCGACGCUGGCGAUGUGACGCACACGACAUUGGGCGACGACGACACGGGCAACGAUACCAUUCUGUCCAGCUCAUUGUUGUAUGCAGACAGCGGCGCAGAGUCCGACGCAUUGGCCACUGACUCUGCCGAAAGCGAGACGAGUGUGCAAGAAGAAACGCAAGCGCGAGACGUUGGCGUCGGCGAUGGCGUCGGCGAUGGUGAUGGCGACGGCGAUGGCGACGGCGAUGACGAUGGCGAUGGUGACGGCGAUGGUGACGGCGACGGUGACGGCGAUGGUGACAGCGACAGCGACAGCGACACGCACGAAUCCGAGGACGGUAUUUCGAACGAGCUUGGGAUUGGGCGCACGACGGGCCGGCAGCCAAAUGCGCCCUUCACGAACGACGACGACUGGAAGAAGGAGGUCAAGGCGCUUUUCCUUAUCCGCGAGCUUGUUCAAACAGAGUACAGCUAUGCGCGGCACUUGGAGAGCUUGCUUAUUGUGGUGCUCAAGUGGACGGGCGCAAGUGCGUCGACAAGGAUGCGGACCAACGUUUUGAUGCCUUCGCAGCCCUCGACUUCCUACCGCAUGCCAUCCAGUACUCCCCCGUCGCACCUGGUCACGCUCCGUAAAAUGCUGCCGCAGCUGAUUAGUAUCAGCCGCGCAUUGAUAUACCGUGUCGAAGAAAAUCCCUCGAGCGAGGGCGUUGCGCACGCUUUUCUCGAUAUCCAAGGCCGACUAGAAGAAAUCCACAUGGCGUGGAGCUCGGUCGUGGGCACUACACUGCGCGCACUGCGCAUCACGGAAGGGACAAAGAGCAAAAGCAAGAGACGCCUUGGGCUGGUGCCUGUGCCGGAAUCCGCCGUGCAUGUGCAGCAGACGUCCGCACCGCGCGACGAGAAUGAACAAACGAACAUGACGCCAGAUGCAGCGGCGGGCCGCAAGUCGCCGCACAACGCACGGCCCAAAGAGCUGAGUCCGGUGGACGUCGCGAUUAUGCCGACGCAGCGCCUGCCGCGCUAUAUUCUGCUUCUCCGUGAUUUGUUGGCCAGCACGGGCCCCGAAACGCCUUCGUACGUUACCCUCGAAGCUGCAUUGCACAGCGUCCAGGACCUCGGCCGCCGAUGCGACUUGGCCUCGUCACACGCCCCGGAAAGUAGACUCCCUCCGUAG